AUGGCUGACCCACCCCAAGAGAGAUCUCUUGAAGAAUCUCCAAAUUAUGAGCAUUAUCAGCUUUUCGAGGCAGCAACCGCUGGCAUCGGCGAAAAGCUUAAAUCUCAGAAGCGAUCCCAAAGAGCUCAGUACGAACUAUUCAACAUAGUAUUUGACUUGCUUACAAUUACGCAAGUCCUCAUAGGGGCUGCUAUCACUGCUCUCGGCCCAUUAGGGGGUCAGCAUAUGCUGCAAAUCACAAUUCUCGGGGCAUUCAACACAGCAAUUGCUGGGCUACUGGCACUACUCAAAGGUAGAGGUCUUCCGCAGCGGCUGAGGAGGAAUAUGUCCGAGCUAGCAAAAGUGCUCGAUCACAUCGAAAAUCAGGCAAUCCUAUUACAAUACGGCAGCAAGAAAACUUCACGAGAUGAGAUCGAUGCCCUUAUCCAAUCCGUUUUUUACCGAUACGCCACUGCGCAAGACAUCAUUGAAAGAAACCAGCCAGAUACAUACACAGACGCAGACUUAUCCCAAACCCAUGCGAGAGCUACUGAGGUGGAAGUUUCUCCAAGUCAACCGGCCGACAAUAAUGUUAUAAAUGGAACUCGGCGUACAGCGGAUGAAGAAAUGGGAAUGGGUGAAGCCCCCAUAGUGUGA